CCGAGACGCCUGCAGCAUCUGCGGUGCCGGAGCCCAAGUUACCAUUCAUAAAACACUGCUGCCAAUUUUUUUUCUCUCUCUUUAAUUUUUAAUUUUAUCAUUAAUUUUUCUUGGAGGGAGGGUUGGGGGUUCAACUCCCUCUCUAUAAGAACCGGUAGGAUUCAGAGUUCAUUCAUCUGCCAGAAACAUGAGACUCCCUCUUAUCCUUGUCAUCUGCCUCUUUGGUCUGACCAGUUUCGGAUCGUUUCUAAAGCCAGGCGUCCAUGUUUCUGUCACAGAGGCUUUAACCCACGACCCCAGCCAGUUCCUCUGUGGGAACGGGAAGAACAUCAGAUCCACGUGGGUGUGUGAUGGUGCAGACGACUGCGGAGACGGCACAGAUGAGCUUCCCGGAACCUGCGCGGGCAAAACCUGCAAACCGACUGAGUUCAAGUGCACGGGUCACGUGACCCAGUGCAUACCGAGCAGGUGGCGCUGUGACGGAGAAGCAGACUGCGUGAGUGGAGCCGACGAACAGAACUGUACGGCCAAGCGGUGCUCAGACUCCGAGUUCCGCUGCACGAGCGGCCAGUGCGUCUCCUCCUCCUUCGUGUGCGACAAAGAUGGCGACUGCGACGACGGCAGCGACGAGGCCUCCUGCCCGCCGCUCACGUGCAGCGGCAAGGCCUUCCAGUGCAGCAACAGCGUCUGCGUUCCCGGGCUGUGGGCCUGCGACGGCGACGCAGACUGCUCGGACGGCUCGGACGAGUGGCCCCAGAACUGCGCCACGAGGACCCCCACGCGCUCUCCCCUUCACCAGUGCUCCUUACAGGAAUACCAGUGCGGCAACGGGGAGUGCAUCCACGUCAGCUGGAGGUGCGACGGCGACACUGACUGCCUCGAUCGAUCCGACGAAGCUGGAUGUGCUCAUUCCACGUGUCGCCCUGACGAGUUUGAAUGCGGCGAUGGCACGUGCAUCCACGGCAGCAGCCAAUGCAACCACCGGUACGACUGCACAGACAUGAGCGACGAAGUCGGCUGCGUCAACGCGAGCCACUGCGAUGGUCCGAACCGGUUCAAGUGUCGCAGCGGGGAGUGCAUAAGCCUGGAGCGGGUAUGCGACAACAAGCGUGACUGCAGGGACUGGUCAGACGAGCCGCUUAGGGAGUGCGGCUCCAAUGAGUGCCUCUACAACAACGGCGGCUGCUCUCAUAUCUGCAACGACCUGAAGAUCGGCUACGAGUGCCUGUGUCCAGCUGGAUACAGCCUCGUCGCUAAGAGACGGUGUGAAGACAUUGAUGAGUGCGCAAACCCAGAAACCUGCAGCCAAAUUUGCAUCAACCAGAUGGGUGGCUACAAAUGCGACUGUGAGGAAGGUUAUCACAUUGACCCGGCGACGCAAGCUUGCAAAGCUGUUGGUACAACACCUUACCUUUUCUUCACCAACCGUCACGAGGUCAGAAAGAUGACCCUGGACAGGAGUGAGUACACAAGAGUGAUCCCCCGAUUGAAGAACGUUGUAGCCCUGGACAUGAACGUGGCCACCCAAGAGAUGUACUGGUCCGAUCUUUCACUGAAGAAAAUCUACAGAACCCCAAUGGACUCGGCAGAGGACUUCUCCCAUCACCAUGUGGUGAUAGGCAGCGACAUCGAUGGUCCUGAAGGAAUAGCCUUCGAUUGGGUCCACGGCAACCUGUACUGGACUGACAGCAUUCGGAAGACCGUCUCCGUGGUAACCGCUGACGGUAGCCGCCGCAAAACUCUCUUUCACCAAGAGCUAUCGAAGCCCCGUGCCAUUGUGGUGGACCCACAUACCAACUUCAUCUACUGGACCGACUGGGGGAGUCCUGCAAAGAUCGAGAAGGGAGGCCUUAAUGGAGUAGACCGCACUGCUCUGGUCACGGACAACAUCGUGUGGCCUAAUGGCAUCACAAUAGACCUGCUGAACCAGCGGCUCUACUGGGUGGACUCUAAGCUGCACACGCUCUCCAGCAUCGACGUGCAAGGCGGCGGUCGGCGCACCCUGAUCAUUGACGAGGACAAGCUGGCUCACCCGCUGGGACUCACUGUGUUCGAGGAACGAGUGUUCUGGACAGACGUCAGCAACAACGCCAUCCUCAGCGCCAACAGGCUGACUGGUGGUGACAUCGCACCAGUGGCGGAACAUCUUUCGUCCCCCGAGGACAUUGUUCUUUACCACAACCUCAAACAGCCUGCUGGAAGGAACUGGUGCCAGGUGUCCAACAGCACCUGUGAAUUCAUGUGCCUAGCUGCCCCCCAAAUAGGCACCCACCCCCCGAAAUACACCUGUGUCUGUCCAGAUAAUAUGAUGCUAGCAGGGGAUAUGAGGACAUGUGUGCCUGCUGUUCCAACUCCUUCAGCUUCUUCAGAGUCGCAGGCCUCGACUACCCUCCCUCCUGUUGCCCCUACAAUUCCACCAAAGACGACGCAGAAACCCCGGGUUCCAGUUACUAGCAGAGUGCCUCCCAUAGUCACCACUACAGCCUCCACGUCAGUGCAGCGUACCACUGGGCCUGCGAUUCGGACCGCCACACCUUUAUCAAAGAAGCCCUCGCCUCAACCAGAAAAGCCUAAAAUCUUACAGACCACCACAGAUGAUCCUGUCACGACUCAAGGUGUCGCAGCUACACCCGAAACUACCUCCACCACCCCAAAAACACUUUACUUUGUCCUUCUUCCAGCGAUACUUUGUCUGGUGGCCAUCGGGGCCGUGAUGCUGUGGAGAUACCACAGGCUCCAAAACACCAACACAAUGCACUUUCAUAACCCCGUCUAUCAGAAAACCACUGAGGACCAGGUUCACAUCUGGAGGAGCCAGAGCCUGGAAGGUUAUGCCUACCCUAAAAGACAAAUUGUGAGUUUGGACGAAGAGGCGGACAAUCCUUCCUUCAUUGAAAACUGAAAGAAGAAUUACAAAGUGGGGAGAAAACAUUGUGCCUCAGUGAACACACUACUUGAGGCCUUUUAGUAUUUUUAUUGCAUUUGUUUUACCUCACGCAGAGAACAUAUAAAGCCUGCGUCCGACGACCUUAGACCACUAUAUCCUCACUAACGAACGAGAGCUUUACUGUGAAAAUAUCAGGGUGAAAAAGUUGACGUCGGAGUGCACAUUACAUGUUCUGCAACAUCUCAGGUUCAUAUCUUAAAACAAACCAGCUGGCCGCCAUGGGUUCUCCUGACGGUUAAACUGGAGCAAAGCUGUUUUUAAGAUGAGAUUAUUAUUUUUCUUUAGAUUUCUCUUGAUGCUCUUAAUGUUCAUUGCAACUUCCUAAUCCAGCAGAUCUAUAGGAGAAGUCAAGAAGCCUUUAAUUGAGAUUUAUUUUUUGUGUGUGUUAUUUAUCAUUUCAGAUACAUAAGACAGAUUGAACAGUACUCUACUGGCAGGGUUUGAAUUUAUAUUUUUAUAUUAUUUAAUUUUUUUACCUCUAACUGCAGCUAGCAAUCAAUUGUCUGGCUCUGCAGGCAGUAGCAUAAUAGUUCCAUCCAGGUCAUGAAUGCAACAGGUCAACCACUGAGAAGAUGGUUGCGUUGUUCAUCAACUUUUUUUUAGCUGUGCAAAAAUCUUCUGCCGAAAGGCACUAAAGUAAGUUCUUCCCGUUCUGGUUGCACUUCAUUCAGCCAGAAAAUAGAAAAUCAAAACGUCAGAACCAAACGCCGCUGGAAGUUUUGUGUAGCUCUCUAGAUCUUCUCCAGAUGUCUCUGGUAUGAAACGUUCAGAAGGUUCAUACGUUGAGCAUUCCUGGGUGUUGGGGGGGGGACUUCGAUGCAGCCACCCACGCGGGACCAACCGAGCCGAGUUUAAUGCUCCGCAUCCAGUCAAGUAUAUAUUUAUGUUCUCCCCUUUUACGCCAGCAUUCCUGGUGAAGGAAUGCUGGUGUAAAAAAAAAAAAACCCUAAACAUUGAGAUAUCAGUUAUAGUUUUGUUUUACAGCGAAUGUAUGUGUGCCUUUCACUGAGAUGUGUCUCUGUGUUCGUGUUGGUGUUCUUGAACUCGAGUUUCUGUCAUAAAUCUAUUCUUCAUCCCGUGUUCAUGACAUGGCUCUACUGCGUUCACGUGACGUCGCUUCCGUUACAAAUUUGCGCAAAUCUUUUGACUAUAAAGUCUGCCAAAAUGGAAAAAGAAAAAAAAAAAAAACGCUCAGAAUUUUGCAAUUGAUUUUUAAAUUAAAUAAGACAUUAAUUUUAAAGAAGUCACACGUGAUUAAGCUUGGUCACGCCUCAUUGUCUACCACCGGCGUUGAUAAGCCUUGGAAAUGCUCUUCUGUGAAAUACAUUUAUUUUGAAACGGCUGAAAAAACACUUCAUUCUGGCGAAAAAACGUAAUUUAAAAAAAAAAUUAUUCUUUUAGUGAUUGGCACGUUUGUUAAGCAAAUUUAUUUUUGUCAUUUCAAUUUGUGUGGUUUUAUGGGUGAAUGGAAACAGCUAUAACGGUGUCAGACAGGGACAGAGAGACAUACCUGAAGUCUUCUUUAUGUUCUAUGAUUAACCACAGUUUGUAAAUAUGUUCAUAGAUGUACAUAAUUUGUCUUCCUCAUACUUGUUCACUUGUUAUGCUGAUGUUUUAGCUUUUCAAGAUGUUCUGUAAAUAAAGACCCAGCUCUAUUUAUUGCACAAUCAA